GUUUUUCGCGUAUUACCAUCGGCAGUUCUCUGUCAAGGAGGGGGACGUUUCGGAUCGUCUUGGUAAUGGCGGACACAUGUGGCCAAGUCCUCCUUGGGUCUGGAUUAACAGUCCUUUCCCACCCUCUUAUGUACAUCAAGGUUUUAGUUCAGGUCGGACAUGAACCUCUCCCUCCCACCCUAGGACGGAAUAUGUUUGGUCGACAAGUGUACCAACUUCCCGGGCUUUUUGCAUAUGCCAAACACAUUAUCAAGAUUGAUGGAAAAGCAGGUCUGUUUAAGGGUCUCGCCCCAAGGCUGUGUGCUGGGACCAUUGGCACCAUUGUCCACAGUAAAGCCUUGCAGAAGUGCCAGGAGGAAAAAAUUGAGGUGUUGGGAAGCAGUCUGAAAUCAGACGAAGGGUCUCUGCAACGUGUAGUAAAUGAGACCACUAAAGAGAUGAUUGCACGCUCAUGUGCUACAGUUGUCACACACCCUUUUCAUGUGAUCACACUCAGAUGUAUGGUCCAGUUUAUUGGCAGAGAAGCCAAAUACAGUGGUGUUUUUGACUCCAUAGUUACCAUAUACAGAGAGGAGGGAAUCCUGGGAUUUUUUGCUGGCCUCAUUCCUCGUCUACUGGGAGACGUUCUUUCCCUGUGGAUCUGCAACAUGCUUGCUCACUUCAUAAACACAUACACUAUAGAUGAGUCGACGAGUCAUACAGGAGAGAUCAAGAACUGCUCUCAGGCUGUGACUGGGUUUUUCGCAAGUAUGCUGACCUAUCCAUUUGUAUUGGUGUCCAACAUGAUGGCAGUAAAUAACUGUGGGCUGGCUGGAGGUCUGCCACCUUAUGCUGCCAUUUAUCCCAACUGGCUGCACUGCUGGAGUCACCUGAGCCGAGAGGGCAACAUGAGCAGAGGCAACAGCCUGUUCUUCAGAAAGCUGCCCGCUGGGAAGACUUAUGCCAUCGAGCAGAAGAGAUUUUUUUGAGUGGGGAAAGCCAUGAGCAUAGUCUAUAAUUCUGAUAAUAUAAUUGAGCUGGCCCACAAUGUUGGACUCCUAACCCUUCUUAUGCACUUGUUUAAGAUGACAACCGUUUUUUGAUAAUCAGUUUCCAGCAUCAGCCUCCAGGAUUAUUACUGUUAAUUUUAUCAGUACAUUUUCACUACAUUGUCGUUUGCUUUGAUUUCGGAACAUGAAGAGCUUUAUUUUAAUACCCAGGGAUUUGUAUACAUGACCAAGGAAAAUAAACCGCAGUAUAACUUCAGCAGAGCACCUGAGGGCGCUCUAGACCAUCUGUGCCUGGAUCCAGUACAGGCCCCUUACAUCUCCUUUUGUUUUUUUGCUUGGUAAUGCUUGUCAGUAAAACAGUAAUUAUUAUACAUCUGUAGUUGUUUCUACUGGUUCAUGCACUGACUGACUGACAAAAACCUGAAGUUCUCUGCCCUGUUAAUAGUUAAUGAUUUGUGCGUGUGUGUGUUUAUGUGAGAGGAAGAUUGUGCAGCACCUUGAGCCACUACAUUGUCUAUCUGAUGUCUACCAGAUGUGUUUUGCGUAAGUUUGCUAAGCUUGACCCCACCCUGGUUGUUUUGAUAGAUAAGAGACUGUGGCUUCAUAUCAGUGAGUGAUUUAGGACAGUGUGUGUGGUGUGGUUGUCAACUUCUACACACAUUUUUCAUCAGAGCUCUGGUCUAGUCAGAAUAAAUAUGAGAUUUUUAUUUCCGAUGAUGUUAUAAUUGACCCAAAUAAAUGUGAGAAUGCUU